ACUCUGGGUACUUCAGUUUUCAGCUCCCAGCCUCCCACUAAAAUUUACCUUUUUCAGUUUCACAUGGGAGUUGGGAAUUGGGACGCAGAGAAGGGUCACCUGUUUUGUUCUCUUUGCUCGCGCAGUUGCACGUCAAAACCCUAGUUUUACAGGGUUGCAGCAUCAAUUGAUUAGCUGCUAUUGGACACUUCUCCAGUGAACAUGGCUACAAAGGUUGACCAAGCCACUGUUGGGACUACAGCUGCCGCAAUGACGAGUAGUUCUAAGGUCUCCAUGUUCAGUGUGAAGUCUGGAUUUGUUAUACCGAAGAACAAAUUAUCAGGUUCUUUAGUUCCUGCAUUUCGAAGUUUGGGAAAGUCCGAAAGCAGUGAUGCCACCAAAGAAGAAAGUAGCAAACAGAUUCAGAGGAAAACAAAAUGGGGUACUGACUUGACACAAGAUGCUGCUGUCAGGAAAGAAAGAGCCUUAGCAUAUCAGACUCGAGUGGAACAAAUUACGCAACAGCUGAAAUCAGGAGUUCUGAAGACUGGAGAAGCCCAAGCCUCAGUGUCACCGAGCCAGGUUCCGAAUUCUGAGACCUCCAGCUAUCAGAUAAAUGAUGAGGCCCAGAAGUGGGAACUAUUGGAAUUGGAAAGAAGGGAAGUUAUUGGUGAAAUACUAAAGCUGAAUCCAAGUUACAAGGCUCCAUCUGAUUACAAGCCAUUAUUGAAAGAGGCUGUAGUGCCUAUUCCUCUUAAAGCAUAUCCAAGAUUCAAUUUCAUUGGUCUUUUAUUGGGGUCUGGAAGAAAUACUCUUAAGAGAUUAGAAGAAGAAACUGGAGCUAAAGUAUGCGUGCAUGGCACUAAAGCAGGCACAGGAGAGAAGGCUGAAAUUACUCGGGCAGAUGGGGAUGAAGUCCAGAAUGCUUAUGAAGAGCUGUAUGUCCAUGUAUCAGCUGAUACAUAUGAGAAAGUUGAUGCUGCAGUUGCUUUAAUUGAACUGUUAGUCAAACCAGUGUCUGUUAAUUCAGCUGUUGUUUCCACAGCUCCAACUUCAGUUUCUGGGGAUACUGUCGGUAUUGUUGAGCAAAGUCAGGGCUUAGUUACUGGUUAUGUGAUGCCUGCUGCUAUUGGAAACCAGGGGAUGGUGCGACCAAUGAUUGGAUCUUCACAGCCUGGUCCUCCACAAGUCCAGUUCCGGCCAUAUCCAAGUCCAUGGUUCCCACUAGGUCCAACCCAAACCUCCAUUCAAUCACCGUCUGGCUUCAUUUCCUUUCCAAAUUCUUCAUUGCCCGUACCUAACAAUCUGGUUCAGAUUUCUCCACCCCCUCUCAAUCCCUCAAACAACCGACCAUUUUUUGCGGGGUUUACUCCUGUAUCGGGAUUUGGUUCGGUUUCAGCGAACCCAUCUCUUGCCGCCAGACCACAGCCUUCAAUGCCGGUUUUGCAAUGGCCAUACAUGCAUGGCGCACGACCUGCUAGCCACAUCUCUCCAAUAAACAAUCCCAUGCCAGUCUCACAGCCUCCAUCAGCAUACCCUACUGUAUCAGCUCAACCGAAUCUUACUGGACCACCAGCAUUUACUGGUAACCAACCCACAACAGCUGGACCAGUACCAGUGGCAAGACAAAUGGUACCACAACCAUUUUCAUCAGGACCACCAUUGCCAAACAGGCCACUAACACCUGCUGGGGGCUCUGGUGGUUGGUCUGGUGUACCUGCCGUAAUCCCUCAAGGGAUAGGGAACACAGUACAGAUGACUUCACCAAUGGUUCCACCACAAAGGCCUCGUUCCAUGGUUCAACCAAUUGCAUCAGUAGCUCCGCUAAAUAUUUCAGCAACUGUAAUGAGUAGACCUGCUGCACCAAAUGUUGUUUCUCCUGCUAGUUUUCCUUCUCGACCUCCCACUCACCAGUUAGUCAAUACAUCAGCAGUUAACCGUCCAGCUCCUACACCGGGUUUUGUUUCUGUACCAGCUCAAGUUGGGUCAAGCCCUAUGCCAUUAGUCUCUUCUCAACCCUCAGUACCAGUUCCAGUAUCUUCACAGGCACCAGGACUAUUGCAGGGCCCAUCUAUGGCAGGACAAACACAAAUUCCACCAGCAAUACUUCCUCGAGUACCAGCUCCAAUUUUUACUCAAGCAAUUGGCACAAUUCCAGCAUCAGCAGCUGCCUCCAUUCAAUCUACUUCACCAGUGCCGCGUAUGCAGCCUGUAAAUUUACGUGCACCAGUGCGUAAUCCAUUGCAAAAUCCUGUAGUAGGUUCAUCAACACUUCCUUCACCAGUGCCAUCAACAUCAUCACAACCACAAUCUGGAAUGCCUAUUGUUUCUGGAAGCUUACCGAGUUUUACUCCCAUGAAGCCCCCAGUGACAAGCCCAGGAAGUAUUCAACCAGUUACAGCUCCAAAACCCCAGAGGCCAAGUUCUGGUGAUUUCACUUUUCAGCCCCUCAGGUCCCAGCAUCCGGCUUCUCAAACAGUUCCAAGGUCUAGUGGACAACCCCCAGCUCAAAGUACCCCACCAGUGCUGCCACCUCUGGCACCUCAAUCACCUUCUUUUCGACCAGCUUUGCAUUCAAUACCACAACCUGGCAUACAAAAUUUUGCAAGGCCUCAGGUUGCCAAUCCAAUUGGUCAGCCUCAUGCUCCUGCCCUGACACCUUCACCAGGUGGUGUUGUCCCCUUUGGUGGUAACCCAACCACCACCUCCCCACCACCAAGACCUCCAGUAUUUCCAGGUCCACAUUCUGUCCGGCCUUCAACUCCUCUGCCUCAAAUGAGGCCACAGAGCUUUGGUUCAGCAUCACAUAUGCCUCCUAUACCCAGUGCUUUACCUCCUCGCCCUGCAAAUGCAAUGCAACCACAGCAGAAUCAGCUGUCCCCGACUAUUCGUUCAGGGAACCUCUUGUUUCCAAACCCGCAAUUCAACAACAAUCUCUCAUUUGCAUCUGGUAAGCCUGCUUCCGGUCCUGGAGGAAACCAAAUUUAUGACCCAUUUUCACCCACUUCGGUGUCUUCUGCCCCUCCUCGACAAGGAGAUAGUCCUGCCAAGGUGAGAAAACAGGAGAAUGACCCAGAGUACGAGGAUCUGAUGGAUUCAGUGGGUGUGAGAUGAUGGCGAUUGCUCUUGCAGUUUGUUUCUCAAGAUGAAGGGUUAAUAUGACUUAUAAAGGAGAAUGUGGCAACUUACGAACUCACGAGGGUCAUCAGCAUUGUUGUGAGUUCCCUGGGAGAUGAAAAUGUCAAAAGUAGUAAAUAUUAAUGCUGCACUGCACCUUUGCCAAUUUUCUUUAAUAUUUUCUUUUUUAGCUGAGUUUGGAUUCUGUGAGCAGUAGCAUAGAGAUGUAUUGAACAGUUUUGUAAUCCUCCAUUAGGCACUGAUUAGUAUGGAAUAUCAUAAUACAUUCUGUUGGAA